AUACAAGGUUGGUCAAUGGUUCUGAUUCAUGCUGUGGAAGAGUGGAGAUCCGUUAUAAUGGCCAGUGGGGAACCGUGUGUGAUGAUAACUGGGACAUGAAUGAUGCUGCUGUGGUGUGCAGACAGUUACAGUGUGGAUCAGCCAUCAGUGCACCUCACAGAGCCACCUUUGGUCAAGGCAGUGGAUCGAUCUGGCUGGAUGAUGUCAAAUGCUUUGAAAGUAAGGGAAGCCUCACACAAUGUUCACACCGUGGUUUCGGAAAACAUGACUGCAAUCAUGGUGAAGAUGCUGGUGUUGUUUGUUCAGGUAAGCUGCAGCUGGCAAGCUUUUCCCUGACCUCCACACAUGCAGUUGUUUCUCAUGGAGAAAAUAUCCAGUUCAGAUGCACAACACCUAAACCAAGAUGUAAUGUUAAUGCUGAAUUCCAGCUCUUCAGAAAUGGUUUAUCUGUAUCCUCCCAGACACAUGUAUCUAGUGUGACUUUCAACCUUGUUAAUAUAAACGUUUCACAUCAGGGCAACUACAGCUGUCGUUACUCUUACCAAAACAACACUACCAAGUCGCCUUGGAGUAACACUGUUAACAUCACAGUGGUGAACUUGCAGCAGCCCAACAUUUCCCACAGUGCUCCUGAUGGACAGUUUGUCGUGGGGUCUCAGGGGCCAGUGAUCACCAGGGGCCACAGUUUCACUAUCAUCUGUUCCACUGAAUCUCAGUAUCCUGGAGGCUCUUUUCACCUGUUCAGAGGGUCAAACAUCACCAGGAGUGAGUCAGCUGUCAAUCACUCCUCCUCCUUCUCCUUUCCUGAGGCAGAUUAUUCACAUGAGGGAAACUACAGUUGUGUUUAUGAAGUCAGUGUCUCCUCACGCUCCUUCCGUUCAUCUGCCUCUGAACUGCUGCUCAUCACUAUCACAGAUCUGAGAUUGGUCAGUGGUUCUGACUCAUGCUGUGGAAGAGUGGAGAUCCGUUAUAAUGGCCAGUGGGGAACCGUGUGUGAUGAUAACUGGGACAUGAAUGAUGCUGCUGUGGUGUGCAGACAGUUACAGUGUGGAUCAGCCAUCAGUGCACCUCACAGAGCCACCUUUGGUCAAGGCAGUGGAUCAAUCUUGCUGGAUGAUGUCAAAUGCUUUGAAAGUAAGGGAAGCCUCACACAAUGUUCACACCGUGGUUUCGGAAAACAUGACUGCAAUCAUGGUGAAGAUGCUGGUGUUGUUUGUUCAGGUGAGCUGCAGCUGGCAACCUUUUCCUUGACCUCCACACAUGCAGUUGUUUCUUGUGGAGAAAAUAUCCAGUUCAGAUGCACAACACCUAAACCAAGAUGUAAUGCUAAUGCUGAAUUCCAGCUCUUCAUAAAUGGAAAAUCUGUAUCCUUCCAGAAACAUGUAUCUAGUGUGACUUUCAACCUUGUCAAUGUAAACGUUUCCCAUCAGGGCAGCUACAGCUGUCAGUACUCCUACCAAAACAACACUACCAAGUCGCCUUGGAGUAACACUGUUAACAUCACAGUGGUGAACUUGCAGCAGCCCAGCAUUUCCCACAGUGCUCCUGAUGGACAGUUUGUCGUGGGGUCUCAGGGGCCAGUGAUCACCAGGGGCCACAGUUUCACUAUCAUCUGUUCCACUGAAUCUCAGUAUCCUGGAGGCUCUUUUCACCUGUUCAGAGGGUCAAGCAUCACCAGGAGUGAGUCAGCUGUCAAUCACUCCUCCUCCUUCUCCUUUCCUGAGGCAGAUUAUUCACAUGAGGGAAACUACAGUUGUGUUUAUGAAGUCAGUGUCUCCUCACGCUCCUUCCGUUCAUCUGCCUCUGAACUGCUGCUCAUCACUAUCACAGUGAACUUGCAGCAGCCCAACAUUUCCCACAGUGCUCCUGAUGGAUGGUUUGUUGUGGGGUCUCAGGGGCCAGUGAUCACCAGGGGCCACAGUUUCACUAUCAUCUGUUCCACUGAAUCUCAGUAUCCUGGAGGCUCUUUUCACCUGUUCAGAGGGUCAAACAUCACCAGGAGUGAGUCAGCUGUCAAUCACUCCUCCUCCUUCUCCUUUCCUGAGGCAGAUUAUUCACAUGAGGGAAACUACAGUUGUGUUUAUGAAGUCAGUGUCUCCUCACGCUCCUUCCGUUCAUCUGCCUCUGAACUGCUGCUCAUCACUAUCACAGGUCUGAGAUUGGUCAGUGGUUCUGACUCAUGCUGUGGAAGAGUGGAGGUCCGUUAUAAUGGCCAGUGGGGAACCGUGUGUGAUGAUGACUGGGACAUGAAUGAUACUGCUGUGGUGUGCAGACAGUUACAGUGUGGAUCAGCCAUCAGUGCAACUCAUAGUGCCACCUUUGGUCAAGGCAGUGGAUCGAUCUGGCUGGAUGAUGUUGAAUGCUCAGGAAGUGAAGGAACCCUCACACAAUGUUCACACCGUGGAUUAGGAAAACAUGACUGUAAUCAUGGUAAAGAUGCUGGUGUUGUUUGUUCAGGUGAGGUGCAGAUGCCGACCCUUUCCCUGACCUCCACAUAUGUAGUUGUUUCUCAUGGAGAAAAUAUCCAGUUCAGAUGCACAACACCUAAACCAAGAUGCAAUGUUAAUGCUGAAUUCCAGCUCUUCAGAAAUGGUUUAUCUGUAUCCUCCCAGACACAUGUAUCUAGUGUGACUUUCAACCAUAAUGUAGACGUCUCACAUCAAGGCACCUACAGCUGUCAAUACUCCUACCAAAACAACAUCAAAUCACCUUUGAGUAACACUGUUAUCAUCACUGUGGGGGACUUGCAGCAGCCCAGCAUUUUACACAGUGCUCCUGAUGGACAGUUUGUCGUGGGGUCUCAGGGGCCAGUGAUCACCAGGGGCCACAGUUUCACUAUCAUCUGUUCCACUGAAUCUCAGUAUCCUGGAGGAUCUUUUCACCUGUUCAGAGGGUCAGACAUCACCAGGAGUGAGUCAGCUGUCAAUCACUCUGCCUCCUUCUUCUUUCCUGAGGCAGAUUAUUCACAUGAGGGAAACUACAGUUGUGUUUAUGAAGUCAGUGUCUCCUCACGCUCCUUCCGUUCAUCUGCCUCUGAACUGCUGCUCAUCACUAUCACAGCCUCCCUGCUUCCUGUCAUUGGUGCUGCAGUGUCAGCUGUGCUGCUCUUAUUGUCUGUCCUCAUAGUCAUAGUCAUUCUCCUGUUAAAGAGAAGACAAAAGCAAAGAAAUACGGAAUCGAAAAUGAAGAGCUCCUUCAGAAAAGGUGCAGCUAAUUCAUGUGCAGGUGCAUCCAAUCAAAAAAGAGGAAACAAGAAAAAUGAAAAUCAUGAGGCUGAUUAUGAAAACCUGGAAUUUAAUGAUAAAAAUGUGGAUCUUGAGACUAAAAGUGUGGUAGACCAGUCUAAUGAUAACAUUUAUGAAAGUUGCUGUGAUGAAUACUCAGUAAACCCAAAAUACUAUAAUUAAUUAGGCUUCAAACAGAUUAAAUGCAGUAUGGCAACUUUGAUAGGGGUCAUGAAUUGAGAAAACAAAGACCCCUUGAUCUUUUGAUAUAUAACUUUAAAGAAUAACUCCACCUCCAAAACAACAAUUUACAUAUAAUUUACUCACCCCCUUGUCAUCCAAGAUGUUUAUGUCUUUCUGUAUUCAGUCAUAAAGAAAUUAUGUUUUUUGAGGAAAGCAUUUCAGGAUUUUUCUCCAUGUAAAGGACUUCAUUGGUGCCCUGAUUUUGAACUUCCAAAAUGUAGUUUAAAUGCAGCUUCAAUGGGCUCUAAACGAUCCCAGCUGAGGAAGAAGGGUCUUAUCUAGCGAAACGAUCAAAAAAUAAAAAUGUGUAUACUUUUUAAAUACAAAAGCUUGUGUAGCACAGGCUCUGGGAUGCACGUCAACAAUACUAUGAAUUAGUAAUGAGUCGUUCUUGAACGAUUCUUUCAUUUUGAAUGAAUAAUCAAUGUGACUCGGGAACAACGAGUCGUCUCGGGAAGUGAUUCGUUCAGUCGUGCAUGCGCAACAUCCUAUUAUGUUCUGUACUGGAAUUAGUUCACCUGUUUCGAGUCUUAGGGUUUUUCGAGUCAUUCGUUCAUCUUAUGGGGCUGUCACGUGAUGAACAAAUGACUAAAACUUUUCUGUUUCUUAUAGCAUUACAGUUUUAUCUUGUUUGUAGUGUGAUCAACGUUUGUGUAAGCAGUAGAUAUGUUAAGGAAGUAACACGUAACAUUUUAAUUAUAUUUUGCUAAAAUUAACUAAAUGACUCGAAAAAGAUUUGUUCAUUUUGCUGAACGAGACUGAAAGGUCCGAAUUGGUGAAAUGAUCUGAACUUCCCAUCACUACUAAUCACGUCUAAGUUCAUCGUCUGUGUACUGAGUAUGGUGAAAAACUCAAUCUUAUUUUCUCCUACAACUUGAGAGGAGGACAUUGUUGUACCUUUUUGUUUGUAAACAGCGUUUACAAACUUACUUGCACUUUCUUAGUCUUUGUGCGUUCACUUUGUAAACACUGGGUCUGUAGUUCCGCCUACGUUCCGCAUGACCUUUCGACGUGAUUCAGUAGUACGUAGCGUUGUUUGAAAACACGAUAAACGCCAUUUAAAAAAAUUGAGUUCCUGCCAAAAUCAGUAUUGUAUCUGGUCGGUACUGAAAAGUCGAUUUUUAAUUUUACGCAAAAUGUAAAUUGCGUGAUACAUCCGCUCAACCAAUCACAGUGCACCAUUUCACUCAUUGUAAACAGUAAAGACGGCUCUUUAAAUACAUAGUUUUCCUCAUCUACUUUGUACUUUGUGUUUAACAAACACACAAAACACUGCGUACAACUAUGAAAAAAGAUAUUUAGGAGCACCAGCAUAUUUGUGUUUCCGCUGAGAGGAGCUUCAAAGGUUUCUAUGUGUUUUUGCAACGUUAAGUAAUGUAUCACAGACAUAUCGAAUCUAACAAACCCCUUAGACGAAUCCCUUCAUAAACAAAGUGCAGAGAGAUUGUAAAUAAGAGACUGAUUGUGCAGUGUAAAGAGCUUUGUUGAUUUUAAUGGAACUUUGUGAGAUUGCGAUAAACUAAGAUGAGUGACCGUUUUUAAUGAUUUUUAAGGGAGUUUGUAAAUGAAAAUAGUUUGAAACAAUUCAAAACUGAGCCGCAGCGCAUCUCCAUUCAAUCACAGCGGUGUUUCGUUUAUGAAAGAAAGUGCAUUUUAAACUAAUUUAGUGAGUCAGUGAUUCAAUUUCCCAUUCAUAAAGACUUGCUUAAUUCCUGAAUUAAUCAGCCGUUCGAAAACCAAAUGAAUGAUAUGAUUCAGUUAUUAAAUCACCACCUAUUGGCAGUUUUAGUUUCAUUUUAAAGUAUUUUUUCAGUUAUUUAAAUCAUUUAAUAUUUCAAAAUUUUAUAUUUAAAACAUUAAUGUCAACAUGAAUUUAUGAAUUUAAUACUGAUUUCAUUUAAGUGGAAACAACUUCUUAUUCUACUUGUUUUGACAUAUAGUUACAAAAAUGCCAUUACAAAGGUAAAAACAAAAUUCCCCUUCAUUUUAAGAAGUCAAAUAUCACUUCAUAAUGGGAAGGCUAAUUUUUUAUCAGAUUUUCCUUAAAUGCAAACUAUGCUGUUUAAAGGAUGCGACCAUACAUUUGUGUUCUGUUUUACCUGCCUUUUUAUAUUCAUUUCUUCAUUAUUCAUUCAUUCAUUCAUUCAUUCAUUUAUAAUCAGUUGAUUAUAAGUUGAUUAUCAGUUGAUUGAACAAUUGUAUUAUUCAGUUUUAAUCAUAUAAUCAUUUCAACCAUUUAUAUACUCAUUUCAUUGAUUUAUUCAUUGAUUAGUCAUUUAUAUAUUAUGUUUUAUAUUAUUUUUCCAUUGUUGUUUAGUCUUAUAAUGUGUGGUUUCAAAUGAUGCUUGUCAAAGCAUCAUUCUCUCUUUCUGCCUCAUAUCUCAAAAGAGAUAUGAGGCAAUGUUUAUGGAAAUUCAAAGGUUUAUGAGAUUUUGUUGUGAAUCAGUUUGGUAUAAAUGGUUAGACAAAGUCUCAGCAUUAAAUAAACUCUGCUCCUUUUUUUUGUCAUCAUC